GCACCUGUAGAGACAUCUUCAGAGGAGCAGACAGCCUCUUGUGAAGAUUCAAAUGCUGCUGUUAACAUGGAAAUUUCAGAAUCUGUUGUGGAAAAUGGAGAGACAGAAAUGUCCCCAGAAGAGUCAUGGGACCACAAAGAAGAAACAAGUGAAGCAGAGCUAGGAGGUGGUCCAGCAGUGGAUGCAGGACCUUCUGAAGAAAGCACUCAGGAAAUGAUGGAAGAGGAGGAGGAAAUACCAAAACCGAAAUCUGUUGUAGCACCACCAGGUGCUCCUAAGAAAGAGCAUGUAAAUGUAGUAUUCAUUGGGCAUGUAGAUGCUGGCAAGUCAACUAUUGGAGGGCAAAUAAUGUAUUUGACAGGAAUGGUUGACAAAAGAACACUUGAAAAAUAUGAAAGAGAAGCUAAAGAAAAAAACAGAGAAACAUGGUACCUUUCAUGGGCCUUAGACACAAACCAAGAAGAACGAGAUAAAGGUAAAACAGUAGAAGUGGGUCGUGCCUAUUUUGAAACUGAGAAGAAACACUUCACUAUACUAGAUGCUCCUGGACAUAAGAGUUUUGUUCCAAAUAUGAUUGGUGGGGCUUCUCAAGCUGAUCUUGCUGUGCUGGUUAUUUCUGCAAGAAAAGGAGAAUUUGAAACUGGAUUUGAGAAAGGUGGACAAACAAGAGAACAUGCCAUGUUAGCAAAGACAGCAGGUGUAAAACAUUUAAUAGUUCUUAUUAAUAAAAUGGAUGAUCCAACUGUAAACUGGAGUAAUGAAAGAUAUGAGGAAUGUAAAGAGAAGCUGGUGCCAUUUUUGAAGAAAGUUGGCUUCAAUCCCAAAAAGGAUAUUCAUUUCAUGCCCUGCUCAGGACUGACUGGAGCAAACCUUAAAGAGCAGUCAGAAUUCUGUCCUUGGUAUAUUGGAUUACCAUUUAUUCCAUACUUGGAUAAUUUGCCAAACUUCAACCGUUCAGUUGAUGGACCAAUCAGGCUGCCAAUUGUGGAUAAAUAUAAGGAUAUGGGCACUGUGGUCCUUGGGAAGCUGGAGUCAGGCUCUAUUUGCAAAGGACAACAGCUUGUGAUGAUGCCAAACAAGCACAAUGUGGAAGUUCUUGGAAUCCUUUCUGAUGACGUAGAAACUGAUUCAGUAGCCCCAGGUGAAAAUCUAAAAAUCAGACUGAAGGGAAUUGAAGAGGAAGAGAUCCUUCCAGGAUUUAUUCUCUGUGAUCCCAACAACCUGUGUCAUUCCGGACGCACGUUUGAUGCCCAGAUAGUGAUAAUUGAGCACAAAUCCAUUAUCUGCCCAGGUUAUAAUGCUGUGCUGCACAUCCACACCUGUAUUGAAGAAGUUGAGAUAACAGCCUUAAUCUGCUUGGUAGACAAAAAGACAGGAGAAAAAAGUAAGACACGGCCCCGUUUUGUGAAACAAGAUCAAGUAUGCAUCGCCCGUUUAAGGACAGCAGGAACUAUCUGCCUUGAGACAUUCAAAGAUUUCCCUCAGAUGGGUCGCUUUACCUUAAGAGAUGAGGGUAAGACCAUUGCAAUUGGAAAAGUUCUGAAACUGGUUCCAGAGAAGGACUAAGCAUUUUUCUCAAUGACCCCCGCACAAUACUGUGAGGAAAAUCGACUCUGCAAAAGCCUACUUCACACCGCCUUCUUAUUUUCUGCCCAUUGAUAAACUUCUCCCCAUAUUUUGCAAAGACAAAUUUCACAGCAAAGGUCCACAUUAUGUCAGCUUUCUCAUAUUGAGAGCUCUGCUAUGCCACUGUUGAAUUUUCCCAAAAAGAAUUUUUUUUUCUCCCAAAUUCUGCUUCCUUGGAAAGAUUCGGCAAUAGCUUUGUAAGUGAUGUGGACAUAAUUGCCUAUAAUUAUGAAAAUCUAAAGGAUUUUUAAUGUUUAAUUUCCCCCAGCAUAUAUAUUAAGACCUCUUUUUUCCAGGCAGAUCAUUCAGAGUGUGCGAGUGUGUGUGCACAUGUUACAAAGAUGACUACCAUGUUAAUAAACUAUUCAAUUUGAAAUCU